UCCCUCUCUCUCUCUCUCUCUCUCUCCCCCUCUCUCUGAGAUGAGCCCGGGCGAAGGGAAAAGGGUUGGGACAAGAAGGAGGAAUAGCUGGAGGGAGGGAUGAAUGAAUAACGAGGAGAAAAACACCCACUCCGGACUGACCGAAUUGUAUCCGGUGAGAGAAAGAAGGAGAGGAGGAGAGAGGGACCCUUUGGACGCAGCAGCAGCAGCAGCAGAAGCAGCAGCAGCAGCAGCAGUGUUUGGUAUUCACGGGAUUUUCCUCUGGGGGAUAAGAAGACGCUUUUGAAUUGAUGCCCGGAGAGGUCUAGACUACUGGUUGUGAGGAUGUUGUCAGCAGGGCGGAUCAGGUGGUGUUUGUGGUCUCCACUGGUGCUACUGGCCCUAGUUUCCAAUUUCCCCAGUCAGGCACAGGGUCAAGUUCCAGCCCCGAGGAGGCUGCGUUUCAAAGUGCUGAGCUCAAGCAAACUCCUUGUUUCAUGGAGGGAGCCCAAAGGAGACUUUGACAGCUAUCUGUUCCUCUACAGCAGUAUACCAGGUGGUCAGCAGAGGGAGAUCAUAGCGUCUAAAUCGGACACUAAGGUGUUGAUAACAGACUACAGCUCCUCCAGAGGCUACAGUGUGAGUGUGAUCGCUGUCAGCGGCAGUGAGCAGAGCAUACCUCUUCAGGGCAGACUUAAAGCUGCAGCCCAGAGAGGUGAGAGUGACGGCGGAGACAGGACUGAGCCGCAGAGGCUGACUGAAUCACUUGCACCUCCAGAUAAUGCCAACGAGAUCUCUGGAGCUGAUCAGUUUGUGUGCCACACCGAAGCCAUCGCCGACAUCGUGAUUCUGGUGGAUGGCUCCUGGAGUAUCGGUCGGAUCAACUUCCGGCUGGUCCGCAUGUUCCUGGAAAACCUGGUCAACGCCUUCGAUGUCGGCUUCGAUAAGACAAGGAUAGGUCUGGCUCAGUACAGCGGUGACCCGAGGAUAGAGUGGCAUCUAAAUGCUUUCUCCAAUAAAGAGACCGUCAUCGACGCUGUCAAGAAUCUGCCCUACAAAGGAGGAAACACGCUCACAGGCCUUGCGUUGAACUAUAUCAUGGAGAACUGCUUCAAGCCUGAGUCUGGCUCACGGCUUGGCGUGCCCAAGAUUGGCAUCCUAAUCACGGACGGGAAGUCCCAGGAUGACGUUAUACCACCUGCAGAGAGCCUGCGCAAUUCUGGGAUUGAGCUGUUUGCUAUUGGUGUGAAGAACGCUGAUGAGAAUGAGUUGCGCUCCAUCGCCUCAGAGCCAGAAGACACUCACGUCUACAACGUCGCCGACUUCAACAUCAUGAGCUCCAUCGUCGAGGGUCUGACCAGGACAGUGUGUGAUCAAGUGGAGCAGCAGGAUAAAGACAUCAAGGAGCAACAGGUACCAGAGACGAUCGGAGCACCACUCGAUCUGGUGACAUCAGAGGUCGUGGCGCGGAGCUUCAGGGUGUCAUGGAGUCACGCCCCUGGAGAUGUAGAGAAAUACAGAGUGGUUUAUUAUCCCGCUCAGGGAGGAGAACCACAGGAGGCUGUGGUGGACGGCAGUGAGACCUCGGUGGUGUUACAGCAUCUCAGCUCUCUCACCGAGUACCAGCUGGCUGUGUUUGCUGUGUAUGCAAACGAGGGGAGUGAAGCUCUGAGGGGAUCAGAAACAACUCUGGCUCUACCCAGAGUGACAGGCUUGCAGCUGUUUGACGUGACUCACAGCACCAUGAAAGCAAGAUGGGACAGCGUAGACGGGGCCUCCGGCUACAUGGUGCUGUACGGACCUCUCAUAGAAAACGGAGAGUUGGACGAGAAGGAGACGAAGGUGUCGGAUGCAGUGACAGAGCUGGAGCUGGAUGGGUUGACCUCUCACACUGAAUACACCGUCACUGUUUACGCCAUGUAUGGAGAGGAAGCCAGUGACCCUGUAACAAACCAGGAAAGUACAUUGCCUCUGAGUUCUCCCAGUAACCUCCAGUUCUCUGAUAUCACCCAUAACUCCACCCACAUCAGCUGGGACCCUGCUCCCCCAGGGGUCAAAGGUUACCGCAUCAUGUGGGUCAAGACAGACAAACUAGUCACGGAGCAGGUGGAGGUCGGCCCAGCGAGCUCGUACGACCUCAGUGAGCUGACGUCUCUGAUGGAGUACUCAGUAGCCAUUUUUGCCUUGUACGACAACGGCCAAUCAGAGCCGCUCACUGACGGAUUCACUACCACUCCAGUUCCCGGUCCUCUGAACCUGCGCUCCAGUGACAUCAGCGCAGAAAGCUUCCAGGUCAGCUGGGAUCACUCAGCCAAUGACAUCGUCCUUUACAGACUCUCAUGGGCACCGUUCACAGGUGGCGACACCAAAGAGGUGAUCUUGAGUGGAAGCGAUAAGAGAUACCUGCUGGCCAGCCUGAGUCCGUCCACUGAGUACGAAGUCAUGCUGACGGCCGUGUUCAACGAUGAAUCAGAGAGCGACACUGUGUCCGUCAUAGAGACCACAUUGACCAGGACGACGACAGUUGCUGCCACAACCACAGCAAUGCCACGUCAGGCUGUGAGAAACCUGCAGCUGAGCGAAGAGACCACCCGGAGUUUAGAUGCAUCAUGGGAGAUGGAAGACCCCCACGUGGAGAGCUACAGGGUCUCCUAUGCUGGCCUCAGGGGCAACCACCAAGAGGAGUCGGUGUUAGUUCCUGGAGGAGAGAGGAGAGCUGUGCUGGAGCCGUUACUGUCAGACACCCAGUACAAAGUGACGGUCACGCCAGUGUACAGGGACGGACAAGAUGGCAUUAGCAUCUCUGCCAUGGGAUCCACACUUCCCCUUUUGUCCCCUGGAAACCUCCGUGUAUCAGAGGAGUGGUACAACCGCUUCCGGGUCACCUGGGAUCCACCGCAGACUCCUACACUGGGUUACAGGAUUGCCUACCAGCCCAUUUAUGUUCCAGGACCAGUUUUGGAGACAACAGUGGGAGAAGAUAUGAACUCCAUGCUGCUUCUGAAUCUCUUAAGUGGGACAGAAUACAGUGUUCAAGUGACGGCCUCCUACCCUUCAGGACAGAGUGAACCGCAGCUAGUGAACACUAAAACACUGUUCCUCGGCGUCUCUGGCUUGUCAACCUACCAGGUGCGUUCCAGCAGCAUGUGUGUCCAAUGGCAGCCUCUUCUACGGGCCACAUUAUACAGAGUCUCCAUACAGUCCACACUCAAUGGCCAAAGGCAGGAAGUGAGCCUGGGGGGUGGUGCUUCCCGACAAUGCUUCUAUGACCUCACUCCCAGCAGCCAAUACCAGAUCAGCGUUCACACGCAGAUUCAAGAAAUGGAGGGACCGUCGGUCUCCAUCACUGACAUGACGUUGCCAGCGCCCACUCUGGCUCCGACUGAACCACCGACCACAGAGCCCCCUCCCACCAUCCCGCCUGCUAAGGAGGUGUGCAAGGAGGCCAAGGCUGACCUGGCGUUCCUGGUCGACGGCUCCUGGUCCAUCGGAGACGACAACUUCCUGAAGAUCACGCGUUUCCUCUACAGCACCAUGGGAUCGCUGGAUCUGGUCGGACCGGAUGGCACCCAGGUGGCCAUUGUGCAGUUCAGUGACGAUGCCCGGACGGAAUUCCAGCUGAGUUCCCAUAGCAACAAGGAAGCACUGCUGGAAGCUAUUCAGAACAUCAGAUACAAAGGAGGAAACACCAAGACAGGUCGAGCCAUCAAACAUGUGAAAGAGUCCAUUUUCACUUCAGAGAGCGGAGCCAGACGGGGUGUUCCCAAAGUCCUGGUUGUCCUCACUGAUGGGCGAUCGCAGGACGAUGUCAACAAAGUGUCCAAAGAGAUGCAGAUGGACGGCUAUAUCAUCUUUGCCAUUGGCUUUGCGGACGCGGACUACGGAGAGCUGGUGAACAUUGCCAGCAAGCCCAGCGACAGACACGUAUUUUUCGUGGACGAUUUGGAUGCUGUGAAGAAAAUAGAGGAACAGCUCAUUACCUUUGUCUGCGAGGCUGCCACUGCCACUUGUCCGUCUGUUUUGAUGAGUGGAAACACGAUGGCAGGUUUCCGUAUGAUGGAGAUGUUUGGCCUGGUGGAGAAGGAGUACAGCAUCAUACCUGGUGUUUCUCUGGAGCCGGGUUCAUUCAACAGCUUCCCCUGUUACAGGUUACACCGUGACGCUCUGGUGUCCCAGCCCACCAAGUACCUUCACCCUGAGGGUCUCCCCUCUGACUACACCAUUUCAAUGAUGAUCCGUCUACUUCCGGAGACCCCAGAAGAGCCCUUUGCAUUGUGGGAAAUCCUCAACAAAGACCACAAGCCAUUAGUGGGACUAAUCCUGGACAACUCUGGAAAGACCUUGACGUUCUUCAACUACGAUUAUAAAGGAGACUUCCAGACUGUUACUUUUGAAGAAUCAGAAAUCAAAAAGAUCUUCCACGGCAGCUUCCACAAGCUCCAUGUGACCAUCAGUAAGACAUCGGUGAAGGUGGUGUUAGAUUGUUCUGCGGUGGGGGAGAAAUCCAUCAACGCAGCCGGUAACAUCACCACAGACGGGGUGGAGAUCCUGGGAAGGAUGUUCCAGUCCAGAGGAACAGAGGACAACUCUGCCCCAUUCCAGCUCCAGAUGUUCGACAUCAUCUGCAGUACAUCCUGGGCCAGCAGAGAUAAGUGUUGUGAGCUGCCAGCAUUAAGAGUUGAGGAGCAGUGCCCUUCCAUGCCUCAUGCUUGCACCUGCUCCCAGGACAGUAAAGGACCCCCAGGACCCUCUGGACCUCCUGGAGGUCCAGGUAUAAGGGGAGCCCGAGGAGACAGAGGAGAGGCAGGAGUAACGGGACCUCAUGGCUCAGUAGGAGAGAUUGGCCCUUCUGGACCCACAGGGCCGCCUGGUCCUCAGGGGCCCAGUGGACUCUCCAUUCAGGGGCCCCCGGGUGCUGCUGGAACGAAGGGAGAGAGAGGAGAGAACGGUCCAGCUGGACAAAUGGGUGUCCCUGGAAGCCAAGGGUCAACUGGUAGAGACGGCCCCCCAGGACCAAGGGGUCUUCCAGGAAAUAUUGGAACACAAGGACGACAAGGACCUUCUGGACCCGUUGGAGCCCCGGGUGCACCUGGACCUCCAGGAUCAGGUGGAUCAGCAGGGUCCCAAGGAGAGCAAGGGCUUCCUGGUCCUGCUGGUACCAAAGGCGAUAAGGGAGAAAGAGGAGAUGUGCAAUCCCAGGCUGCUGUCCGCGCCAUCGCACGACAAGUGUGUGAACAGCUCAUCCAGAGCCAUUUGUCUCGCUAUAACUCCGUACUGAACCAGAUCCCCGCCCAGUCGGCUGUAUCCAUCCGAACAGUUCCAGGACCACCAGGGGAGCCGGGUAGGAGAGGCACCCCGGGACCCCAGGGAGAGCAAGGACCGUCCGGCAGACCAGGCUUCCCUGGUUCCAAUGGUCAGAGUGGACGAGCAGGAGAGAGAGGUCUGUCAGGAGAGAAGGGGGAGAGGGGGAGUCAAGGCGUUGGGAGUCAGGGACCUCGAGGACAACCCGGACCUCCAGGCAUUCCGGGUGAAGGACGCACAGGCAGCCAGGGUCCACCCGGUCGGCCCGGCAACCCUGGGACGGCGGGGAGGCCGGGGAAUCCGGGUGGCACCGGACCAGCGGGGUCGGCAGGAUACUGUGACCAGAACUCUUGUCUGGGAUACAACGUUGGAGUUCAACAGGACUAUGGGAAUGAUUACUGAGGAGCAUUCUCCAACCUUCCUCCUCCUCCUCCUCCUCCUCCUGUGCUCAUCUCCCUCCCUCCCUCACUCUGUGGCACCUGUGCAUCAGAUUGAAAACUGACAAAUUCAAUGAUUCUUUCAAGGCCUCCAUAUUUCUUGGGAUGGAUAAUUACUCCUGGCCCCAAUGUUUAACCUCUAAUCCCUGCAGCAGUGGGGGUUUUUCUUCGUUUUCACCCAUUAGUUUUACAUAUACUUCAUUUUUGCAGUAGUGAAAUCAUCAUGAAUUUUUGAGGGCAACGAAUCAGAGUUUUCCACCCAUUUUUAUUAAAUUGCAACUUUUAAAAAGCCUUCUUAAUGGAGAAAAUAAUUUUUAGCAACUUUAACUCCAGGCUUGGUUCACAUGCAAGUUUUUAGAAACAUACACAUACGAUUUUUCUUUUAAGCCCAUGAUUUGAUAUGAUAGAUUUCCACCAUCAGCUGAAUUUCUUGAUGGAACCGUUAAGCUGUUUGUUUCAUCCUCUUGAGACAAAAAUGGAUGAGCUUACUUCCCAAACAAUCCACUGCUGUGAUGACGAGCACCACCGGAGAUGGCGGCGCCAUCUGUCAACAAACACUCGUGCACACAAUGCUUCGCUGCGACAGCCUCCUCUUCACCCCCGCUUUGAGCUCAAAUCUCUUCAAAGCUAAUCUCAGCUAAAUACUGAUGAAUUGCUUUGAUGCUGGUCGGCUGCAUUCAUCACUAACCAACCUCUUCUAUCUGUGCAUCUCUUAUACUGGAAGCUGGAAAUCUAAAUUUUGCCCCUAACCCAACUCAGAUGUGAUGUUUUCAUUUGUGGGAAAUGAUCACAUCUGGACACUAUGUGAUAAAGACAUAAUGUUCCUCUGAUUUCAUUAACCGACUUUCUUACUAAGCCGAUCUUUUGGACGUUAUCUUAGGGUCCCGAGGUCAAUGAUACAAGAUAAUAAUCCUUAGCAGUUUAAAAUCAUUUAAACCUGCUGUGUAGUUCAAAUUUCAACCUGUGCAUGCUGCCCUUCCCUGCUGUGCUCCUCAAACUGACCCCACCUAUUCCCACCACCCAGUCCAACCCCUGCCUCAAGGCGGCUACCAGUCCUACAAUCCCCCCUACAACAACGACCAAGGAGGCGAGGACGAAGAGGAGGAGGAGGGAGAAGAAGAGGAAGAGCAGGACCCCUACUACCAUCGUGUUUACCCCCCUCAGUACUACCCCCAGCCGCCUCCCCCAUCAGUGCACGAUCGCCGCGGGUACCCCUCGAGCCCCGCCCACUCUGAGGAUGUGGAGCUGAGGUCGCCGGGCGUCGUGAGGAGGUUUUCACGGGACGUCGUCGUCAUGGAGGAGAGCGAGGAGGGAGGACUUUAGAAGGAAGGAUGGACUCACCUAAAGUGCUUGAGCCCUGCACGCCACAACACACACACACACACACGGAAACAAAUCAGACACUGGCAUACACAUGUAUGGGAUAAAUGUCAUGCCACGUUCCAAAACUGAAAAAGAAAGGUUGAAACUUGAGAUCUGAUAAAAAUAAAUGCUUUGCAUGGUCGAAAUGAAGUUUUGAGGCUGUGCAUGUUUUUAUAGGCUGGGAAAUUAUUUGAGUUUCCCUCUUCAAAACUAUUUUACAGAGUUUCUCCAAUACAAUCAACAGUUUGUUCCCCAGGUUUGAAACCUUGUAAAUGGUGAUCUGAAAACUGGUGCACGUACGUUGGAAAAACUGAAACGUGGAAACUUGAGUUUUGAAAGGGCAAAUCUUUAUUUUGAAACGAAUGUACACUUGCACUCUUAUAACAGCCUGUUAAUUUAUUUUUUUCAAAAAUGUUGACCACACAUUUACAAGAUAGUGAAUCUGAUGAUUUUCGGGCCCUGUUGUCCUGCACCUCUAAUCUGGAAAAACCUGGAUUUUUUAACCGAUCAAAACAUUAUCCAUGUCUUCAAAACUUAGUUUCAAUCAUGCAAACACUGAGUUUCAACCUUUCAAAGCCUUUUCUUCUCAGUUUUGGAAGAUGGCAUGGUAUCUGCACACAUGUACAUCUGACCCCCUUCUGAACCUGGGGUUAGAAGCCCCCCCUCCCCCCUCCCUGUGUGGUUCUCCAGCAGGUGAGACAGUGUAAAUAGCUCUGUGGACUCUUGUACGAUAUCUGUAAAAACACGGGGUCCGAAAAGUGCCUGAUCUAUGUUAGCAUCAUCCAGUGGUAAUGCAAAGGUAAGACGUGAUUCCUGCCAUCUUACAUCUGAUUCCAGGACUCAACCCUUCAUGGUUUGUCUGUUUGUUGUGUGAAGCUGCAUGUCUCCUUUGAGCCAAUCAGUGAGUGUGUAACUGGACACGUGCAUCUCGUUUUGGUUUCAUGCAACUAGAAAUAUUAUUUUACAACCCACACCUUUGAGGAUGUUGGGCUGGCGACAUUUGUACAGGCUGCUUUUUAUAAAACGAUGAAUUAUGUUUCAAUCGCUUAUUUCAAUGUGUUAAAGGAAUAUUGAAAUGUUUUUUUUAAGGGAUUUCUCCGUUACAGUAUUGUGUUGAGUUUUGCUUAUUUGGGCUGAAAUAGUAAUGGGAGUGAAUCCACUCAAAUGAAAUGCAGAAGCAUCAAAUUUCUGUUUAGCAUCAAAUUACCUUAACACUGUGGAACACAAAUCUCUUUUAAAUUAUUUUCCAUCAGAGAAAAUCUGGCCCCCCCGUUACAUUUUGUCCAGCCAUAUCUGUUACUAUCAACAUGUCUGUUCUGGGUUUUGAUCGUCAGACUCGUUGGGAAUUAAAAGGACAAAUCAGCGUUGUUUGUGUCUUGUGUUGCUUUGUUUAUUGUUCUUAUGCAAAGUUGGGCCCGUUCACUGUGGAAACUGUUUUCUCUUGGAUCCAGUGAAAGACUCAACCAUCCAUGUCAACUCUGUCCCUCCUGCACUGCAGCCUGGGAAAAACAAGCACUAAAGUAAAAGUUCAGCUGUGAACUGGCCCCGGUCUAGUUUGACAUUUAAACUGUGGAACUGACAGUUUUAAUAAGGAAUGUGUCUCACCAACAUGCCCCUUAUUUAUUUUGUAUUUUGUUUGCUUUUAUAACCAAUAAAUCUGUAAUGAGACUCCAA